AUGAUGUUCAUAACAAGAAUCCUUCAGCUCCUCGCGGUUAUCGAGGCGGUCACUGCCCAAGAGAAGAUUUAUCAAGGCUUCAACUCAGGGGCUUUCUUUUCCUCCAACAAGCCGAAGGUCCGAUCCGACUUUGAAAAGGAAUUCAGCGUUGCUCGAUCCCUACACUUCUCUCCUGGGACUUUCAGCAGUGUACGCCUCUAUACAAAUGUGCAAACGGGAACGACCAAUACGCCAAUCGAGGCUUUCCAAGCCGCCAUAAACACCAACACAUCUAUGCUUCUCGGUGUCUGGUGCUCAGGUACAACAACGAUCACGAAUGAGCUUGCAGCUCUGAAGUCUGCCGUUGACAAAUUCGGCACCAAGUUUACGGAUCUCGUCAUGGGCAUCAGUGUCGGAAGUGAGGAUAUGUACCGUCUUUCCGAAAGUGGCAUUGCAAACAAAGCAGGUAUUGGAGCAGGGCCAGACACGAUCGUCAACUUCAUCAGGGAAGUUCGCACGGCAAUACAGGGAACUGGUCUUGCUUCAAAGCCAGUCGGUCACGUCGACACUUGGAGCGCAUGGGCGAAUUCCUCCAACGAUGCAGUCAUCGCAGAAGUGGACUUUCUCGGCAUAGAUCUCUACCCAUACUAUGAGAAGGAUCAAGACAACAGGAUCGAAAAUGCAGAAGCGAUCUUUGAAGAUCUGUAUAACAGGACACUCUCCGCGGCUGGAAACAAGCCAGUCUGGAUCACAGAGACCGGAUGGCCCACCAGCGGCCCAACAUCCGGGAAUGCGACUGCCACGCCUGAGAAUGCGAAAACGUAUUGGGAUAUCAUCGCUUGCAAAUAUCUUGGCAGGACCAAUGUCUGGUGGUAUAAUUUGCUCGACACCAACCCUGAAAUUACAGAGAAAUUUGCUGUCUCCAAGGACGUUACCGCCGAAACUACUUACAAUCUGACAUGUCCUGCUGGCAGUGGUGCACCCGCAUCUGUCAAUACGGACUUGAGCAAGGGCGUCUCGUCAGAUAAGAAAGAUGGUGCUCCUCAGAUGGUGGGUUCUAUCGGAUUUGUUGGUCUCGUCGCGAUUUUGUCGGCUGUCAUGAUGUUAUAG